UGGUCGGAGUUUGCAGUGAGUUUACACAGAGAUAUGAAGCUGAAAUCUCUCAUGCUACAUUGAAAGAGAGAGAGAGAGAGAAAGGGGAAGAACAGGGCUGUGUAAAACUUUCCGGCCUAGAUUCAUGCAAGAUUACCCCAGCAGAACGACGGUAACUAUGCAAGAGCAUAAGUACCUGAAGAUGAAUUUAUAAAAGCUUCAGCCAACAGCUUUCAUAUCAUUUCCCGCUGUAGAGCCACAAAAGUGGACAAUACAAUAUCUGCUUUCAUUAUCUUGUUCUAAGAUUGAGAUCGCAAUAGAAAGCUCCAAGAGUUUUCCUUCAGUCACAUUUCAGCCAAUGUGUACAUCAUGAGGCUAACCUUUAGCAAUUUGCUGCUGUCUCUUGCUCUUGGACUCUGUUUCAUGUUCAUUUACGCACAAGAGCAAAAUGAGACAGACACAAAUGCCACCACUACAUUACUGAAUAAAGAGAAUGUGGAUACAACCUUAAGUCCUGAAGACACCAUUGAAGUAAAACCUGAAAAUAUUGUCACUGAAUUACCUACGACACCAGAUCCUGAUCAUACAGUCUCCACACUUGACCAUCAAAUGACCACCAUUCAUGAAGAGAAAUCAACAGUUGAGGCUUCUACACCACUCAUUACUGACACUGAACAAACAACAACUCAAUCAACACCAAGAUCUGUUUCUGAAGGAAUAACUGCUCAAGGACAACAAACCACAACGGCCUUGGAGCCAAUGGAAGCAAAUGCCACUACUGUGCCUGUUAAGACAGAAAAAGGUGGGACUGCACCAAUAACUUCAGAAUACCUGCCAAGCACAGGUCGGUAUGAAACAACUGUUGGCUUUACUACUUCUGAGUUGAGCAGUGCUACGAAACACAGAGAUGAUCUCACCACAGCAAUGGUUGCCUUGACUCCAGCUUCAAUGGCACUGAGCUCCACACCCACCACUUUACAACCACCUGCAGAAGGGACUGAGCCCCCGCCCAUCAUGUCCAGCCCAGAGGACACCACAUUCCUUACCAUUACCACAAAAACCUCUACUAAAAUCUCCACCUCAAAGUUCUCUCGUGACAUUCCUGAUCUUCAUCACUUGCAGUUAGAAGAUGAUUCAGUCUCCACCCAUUUAACACCUGCCACCACUGGUGGAAAUGUCAAACACAGCAUUUUGCCCACACAGAUCAACUGGUUAUUAAUUCUAAUAGUGUGUGUAAUCCUUCUUUGUGUGGUGUUAGUGACCUUGCUUAUAUUUGUCCAACGGCGAAAGAAAAUUGCCUCACGUAAGUUUGGCCCAGGGUACAUGAAUGGACAAAGUAAACGGUCCAAGAAGAAGAAAGGGGCGGAGGAUGAUGCGUGGGCAGGGCCUGUGAAUCUGGAGGCUGGAGAUAAAGUGGAAUGUGAUGGAGUAGUACAGGGGGGUCUGCUGUCUGAUGAGGGGAGAGAGGAUGGAGAUGAUCUGGUGCUCAGCACGUUUGCUGCCCUUGAAUCAGGUGACACACCUAACGGUGGAGUGGGUGGGGAAGGAACCAAAGAGGUAAAGAAAUGGGAGGAGCAGGAGCCUCUGCUUUACAUAGAUGAGAAUGUGGAGGAAGACAACAAGGAAAAAGCAGUGGCAGAGAAGCAGAAACAGAAAGGAGAUGAGAACAAUGGAAAACUGGCUGUGAGAGAAAUUAAGGAGUUGAAUGGAGGAGAAGCAUUCUGUCUCACCACAGCUGUUUAAAAUACUUUGUUCACAGAACUCACUUUUAAAUAUGGGUUUAAUAGGAUGGACGAUUUUGAUUACUUCAUGUCAUGUCUUUAUUACUUUGUGUCAUAAAGAAGGACUAUAAUGCAACAAAAUAAUGGUGCAAUGUGAAACUGCUGUUUUACACUUGUCUACUUUCCUUAAUCAAAAUAUUGACUUUCCAUUGCUACCAGAUUAUUCACACUCGCAAUCAAAUUAAUCUAAAGAAUUUUUUUUAAUUUUUUUUUUAUAUAAAAACAAAUUAACGUUUUCUACAGUGGCCAAAAUUAUUGAAAUAAUAAUAAUAAUAAUAAUAAUAAUA